CGGAGCUGUUAGAUCUCAGCCUUGUCAAGGAUGCCAGAUGUGGGAAGCAUGCCAAAGCUCCCAAGAAUACUUCCCACAUAGGAUAUUAUCAUCUAUAGUUACCAGGUUUUAUUCUUUGCUUUCUGUCUGCCUCCCAAAGAAGGACCCCAAAUUACGUGAACUUUUGGAUGUGGGGAACAUCGGGCGCCUGGAGCAUCGCAUGAUAACAGUGGUAUAUGGGCCUGACUUGGUUAACAUCUCCCAUUUGAAUCUCGUGGCUUUCCAAGAAGAAGUGGCCAAGGAAUGGACAAAUGAGGUUUUCAGUUUGGCAACAAACCUGCUGGCCCAAAACAUGUCAAGAGACGCAUUUCUGGAAAAAGCCUAUACUAAGCUUAAGCUGCAAGUCACUCCAGAAGGGCGCAUUCCUCUCAAAAACAUAUACCGCUUGUUCUCAGCAGACCGGAAGCGAGUCGAAACUGCUUUAGAGGCUUGUAGUCUUCCAUCUUCAAGGAACGAUUCAAUACCUCAAGAAGAUUUCACUCCAGAAGUGUACAGAGUUUUCCUGAACAACCUUUGCCCUCGACCUGAAAUUGAUAACAUCUUUUCCGAAUUUGGUGCCAAAAGCAAACCAUACCUUACCGUCGAUCAGAUGAUGGACUUUAUCAACCUUAAGCAGCGAGAUCCCCGGCUAAAUGAAAUCCUUUACCCACCUUUAAAACAAGAACAAGUCCAAGUAUUGAUUGAGAAGUAUGAACCCAACAGUAGCCUCGCCAAAAAAGGACAGAUAUCAGUGGAUGGCUUUAUGCGCUAUCUGAGUGGAGAAGAAAAUGGAGUCGUUUCGCCUGAGAAACUGGAUUUGAAUGAAGAUAUGUCUCAGCCCCUUUCUCACUAUUUCAUCAAUUCCUCACACAACACCUACCUCACAGCUGGCCAGUUGGCUGGAAACUCCUCUGUCGAGAUGUAUCGCCAAGUGCUCCUGUCUGGUUGUCGCUGUGUGGAGUUGGACUGCUGGAAGGGACGGACUGCUGAAGAGGAACCAGUCAUCACCCAUGGGUUCACCAUGACAACUGAAAUAUCCUUCAAGGAAGUGAUAGAAGCAAUUGCUGAGUGUGCAUUUAAGACGUCACCUUUUCCAAUUCUGCUUUCAUUUGAGAACCACGUAGAUUCCCCAAAGCAGCAAGCCAAGAUGGCGGAGUAUUGCCGACUGAUCUUUGGAGAUGCUCUUCUCAUGGAACCACUGGAAAAAUACCCACUGGAAUCUGGAGUUCCUCUUCCAAGCCCUAUGGACUUAAUGUACAAAAUUUUGGUGAAAAAUAAGAAGAAAUCGCACAAGUCGUCGGAAGGAAGUGGCAAAAAGAAGCUCUCCGAACAAGCUUCCAACACGUACAGCGACUCUUCCAGCGUGUUCGAGUCCUCAUCUCCAGGAGCUGGGGAAGCUGAUACCGAGAGUGACGACGACGAUGAUGAUGAUGACUGUAAAAAAUCUUCAAUGGAUGAGGUAGGUAUCUCAGACCUGGCUAUGCAAAUAAAUAUGGGGAUGUACGAAUACAAUGGGAAAAGUGGCUACAGAUUAAAGCCAGAGUUCAUGAGGAGACCUGACAAGCAUUUUGAUCCAUUCACCGAAGGCAUCGUGGAUGGGAUAGUAGCCAAUACUUUAUCUGUCAAGAUUAUAUCAGGUCAGUUUCUUUCUGAUAAGAAAGUUGGGACUUACGUGGAAGUGGAUAUGUUUGGUUUGCCUGUGGACACGAGGAGGAAGGCAUUUAAGACCAAAACAUCACAAGGAAAUGCUGUAAAUCCUGUCUGGGAAGAAGAGCCCAUUGUGUUCAAAAAGGUGGUUCUUCCUUCUCUGGCCUGUUUGAGGAUAGCAGUUUAUGAAGAAGGAGGUAAAUUCAUCGGUCACCGAAUCUUGCCAGUACAGGCAAUUCGGCCAGGCUAUCACUAUAUCUGUCUGAGGAAUGAGAGGAACCAGCCUCUGAUGCUCCCAGCUGUCUUUGUCUACAUAGAGGUGAAAGACUAUGUCCCAGAUACAUAUGCAGAUGUGAUUGAAGCUUUGUCAAAUCCAAUACGAUAUGUGAAUCUGAUGGAGCAAAGAGCUAAACAAUUGGCUGCAUUGACACUGGAAGAUGAAGAAGAAGUAAAGAAAGAGAUGAGGAAACUGAGUACCGGGAGAUUCGAUUUCUCAGCCAGUGUCACACAACCAGUAAGGAGCAGAGUCGGCGUUGAAAUUCAAGCCAUCUAG